AUGCCUCCGCGUAUUCCAAUCCAGCCUUCCUUCAAGGCCAUUACAGGCACAUUCUAUGGACAGACCCCGUUAGCCGGUCUGCCACACGCGACCAAUGCCUCCCUAAGAACAGCAUCUACGAAAGCCAAGCUCCAGAAGCGAUCCGACUUUUUUAUGAUCGCGCAAGCGCGUCAGCGAAAGGCCGCCAAUCUCUCUCGACAAAAAGUUCUCCAGACGGAACGGGAAGCCUCGCUCGGCGACCCCGUGGAGAGCAAGUCUACGCCUUUCAUCCAGGAGAUACAAGCCACCCAAAAUGCACAAACUCCGUCAUCAGACUCAGGUCUCAACUAUUACCUGAAGUCGGACGAGCUUGGCAGUGCGUUGCAGUUCGCGAAGGACCUUACCGAACCACUGCAGAACCCGGAUCGGGACACCGCCGACCCUCAGCUUGAGAAGGAAGCAGCGGAGUUGCACCAAAAGGAGCAUCAAAUUGCAGAGGAUGCGAUUCAGCGCAUCAUUAAUCUCAGCAACGGAAACACAAAAGACCGCCUGCGGCUGAAUGUGCAGAGGUGUAUCGAGCAAUUUGGGCGACACAACACAGAUUCCCUCCUCCCGCCAAAGCCGUCCAGUGUGCCGCAUGGACUCGCCCCUGUCCACUUGGAGAAGGUUCCUCGAAUUGGAGUGGAUACUGGCUCCCCCGAAGUGCAGGCCGCCAUCCUGACGGUCAAGAUCAUGAACUUGUCCCGCCAUUUACAAACCGCCAAUAAGGACAAGCAUAACAAACGUAACCUCCAAAUCCUUGUCCAUAAGCGGCAAAAACUCCUUCAGUAUAUCCGCAAGAAGGAAAGAGGGGGCCCCCGAUGGCAGAACCUGAUGGAGACACUGGGUUUGUCUGAUGCAGCAUGGAAAGGCGAGAUUGCUCUUUAG